CCAUGGCGACGGCGGCGACCCUUACUCCUACUCCGAUCUUCGUCUCCGCUUGCCUGGUCCUUCCCUUUAUUCUUCCAAUCGGUAUCGUCGUCAUGGUUCAAGUUCAAUUCGUGAUCAAACUUCUCGUGCAGAAUCGUAUCGAUACGAAGCUGGGUUUGGUGGAGUUCUUCGGGCUUGCAUCCGCCAUAGAUCCUAGACUUGAUCACCCUAGAGAUCUCAUUGAACAUUUCGACGAGCUGCUCCUGAUCGAGUUUCUUGAGUUCCACUGUCUUCAUGGAAUGAUUGUAUUCGGUAACGUGCUCGCGGCUGUCAUCGCCAAAACCAUCGUCGAUCAACUCGACGUCGUAACUGGUGUAUACGUGUGAAGGCGGUAUUUGCGAGGGAUGCAAUCGAUAGGGCGGGAUUGGUCUUCCAUAGGAGUCGCGAGACAUUUUUGGGUACGAUGUUAGGGGCUUGUGUAGGUAUCGAGUAAUAUGUACGCUCUUGAUGUUGUAUCCGUGAUCUGGGGGUGGAAAAGUUCCGUAAAUUGCUC